AAGAAAAUGGCUACCCUCCAGGAAUAAAGUUUUCUCGGUUGUUUUUAGUUUCUUUGUCAGUUACUUAAGUUAUAUCAGCAUUUUUGCCAUUAUGUCUUAUUCCACAGUAAGAAUGACCCGUCAAAACGUACGGAAGACAAAAAAAAAGAACUUGAAACGUUUCGUUUUGCCACCAUUAGUCAACGACACAGUUGUAAACUAUCAGGACAAUGGUUUCUGCUCUCCUGGACGGCCAGGCAUGUGUACCACACAUCAACCUCCCUAUGACCUUCGGCGAAAACUCUCACUUCAAGAAAGUGGAUGUCCUGGGUCCAGUAGUGGUUGUGGUGGAAGAGGACCAGGCUGCAACCAAGUGAUGAUACCUCGUAAACGUCCAAAGCGUUCAUGUUCUUCUGCUGAUGAAGUGGAUGCUGCUCAUUAUCUCUUGUAUGAAAUACCCGAUGAGUUAGUGUUAAAUAUAUUCUCAUAUUUGUUGGAACAAGACCUGUGUCGAGUUGCCCAGGUCUGUAAGCGCUUCCACACUAUCAGUAACGACACCGAACUCUGGAAAAACCUUUACCAGAGUGUGUAUGAAUAUGACCUUCCACUGUACAAUAUGGGACCUUGCAAAUAUGCAUUUGUACAGCUUGAUGAAACAGAAAAUGAAAACCCAUGGAAAGAGAGUUUUAGACAGUUGUAUCGGGGCAUACACGUUCGCCCAGGAUACCAGGAACUUGUAGAAAACAAUCCAGAACGUUACAGUGGGAGAAAUAUCAUUUAUUUUGACACAAUUGAGCACGCUUUAGAGUCUGAGGAAUAUGAGAAUUCUUUGAUUUUCAUCCAUUGUGGUGUUUAUAAAGGAGACUAUGUUAUUUACUCCAAUGUGACAUUGAUUGGGGCAGCUCCAGGCAAUGUUGCAGAAAAUGUUAUUUUAGAAAGGGAGUGUGAGUCUACUGUUAUGUUCACCAAAGGUGCUAGAGAAGCAUUCUUGGGGUUUGUUACGCUUAAGGGGAUUUAUGAAGAGAAUGAGAUUAGUCACAAUGCUUUAGCAGGUGUAUGGGUUAAAAACCACGCCAACCCCAUCAUGAGAAGAAAUCACAUCCAUCAUGGUCGAGAUGUUGGUGUUUUUACUUUUGAUAAUGGACUGGGUUACUUUGAAGCCAAUGAUAUUCACAACAAUAGAAUUGCUGGAUUUGAGGUUAAAGCUGGGGCCAAUCCAACAGUUGUAAGGUGUGAGAUUCACCAUGGUCAAACAGGUGGCAUUUACGUUCAUGAGAAUGGAAGGGGUCAGUUUAUCGAAAACAAAAUACACUCCAACAAUUUUGCUGGAGUUUGGAUCACCUCCCACAGUAAUCCAACAAUCAGACGCAAUGAAAUAUAUAAUGGGCUUCAAGGUGGGGUAUACAUAUUUGGUGAAGGAAGAGGCCUUAUAGAACACAAUAAUAUCCAUGGUAAUGCACUUGCAGGCAUCCAAAUCCGCACCAACAGUGAUCCAAUUGUCAGGUACAACAAGAUCCAUCAUGGUCAACACGGUGGAAUCUACGUGCAUGAAAAGGGACAAGGUUUGAUUGAAGAAAACGAGGUUUAUGCUAACACUCUGGCGGGAGUGUGGAUCACUACAGGCAGCACCCCAGUUCUUCGUCGUAACCGUAUUCACAGUGGUAAACAGGUAGGAGUUUACUUCUAUGACAACGGACACGGUCGUCUUGAAGACAACGACAUUUAUAAUCACCUGUACUCAGGAGUCCAGAUCAGAACUGGCAGUAACCCAAUUAUACGGAGAAACAAAAUUUGGGGAGGACAAAAUGGUGGGGUUUUGGUGUAUAAUGGUGGCCUAGGGAUCUUAGAACAGAAUGAAAUUUUUGAUAAUGCCAUGGCUGGUGUAUGGAUUAAAACUGACAGCAAUCCCACUCUCCGGAAAAAUAAAAUUUAUGAUGGCCGGGAUGGUGGUGUUUGUAUCUUUAAUGGAGGUAAAGGCAUCCUUGAAGACAAUGACAUUUUCCGAAAUGCCCAGGCUGGCGUGCUCAUCAGCACUCAGAGUCAUCCUGUGCUUAAAAGAAAUCGAAUUUUUGAUGGUUUGGCAGCAGGUGUGGAAAUUACCAACAAUGCAACAGCCACUUUAGAAUACAACCAGAUUUUUAAUAACAGAUUUGGUGGCCUAUGUUUGGCCAGUGGUGUGCAGCCUAUUCUGAAAGGAAACAAGAUUUUUGACAACCAUAACGCUGUAGAGAAGGCAGUCACUGGUGGUCAGUGCUUGUAUAAGAUCUCCAGCUAUACUAGUUUUCCUAUGCAUGACUUCUACAGAUGUCGUACCUGCAAUACCACAGAAAGAAAUGCCAUCUGUGUGAAUUGUAUAAAAACUUGUCAUGCCAGGCAUGACGUGGAAUUCAUUCGACAUGAUAGAUUUUUCUGCGACUGUGGAGCAGGCACUUUAAGUAAUCAGUGCCAAUUACAAGGUGAACCCACUCAAGACACAGACACUUUGUAUGAUUCUGCUGCUCCAAUGGAAUCCCACACUCUGAUGGUCAAUUAACAUUUGUUUGUGCAUUACACUUGACCACUUCUUCCACAGCAUUUUAAAGAUGAAGAAACUGUUGGAGCAGAUAGGAGGUCCCAUGUCACAGUUUCUAGUCAGACUUUGGUUUGCAAGAAUCACCAAAAUACUCCUCGAGACUAUGCUUGAAUCUCACCGUAAUCAAAGAUCUCCUGCAGUAAUAUGACCAUCAAGCAAAGGUAAAAGAUCUGAAUCUCCAGUUUUUGUUUUCACCUUUCUCGGAGCUGUUCCACUCACAGUUGCAAUAUCUGGACAGUUUUUCCAGUUCUACUGUAAGGUGAUACAUUACCUACUUCAAGGGUCCUGAUCAGCAUUAGCCUAACACCAGGCAAGAUGUUUUCAGAAAAUACAGCUGAAACACAUCAUUCAUUUGUGCUGUAAUAAUACCGAUAUUCCUAUCUCAUCAGAAUUGUACAUACAUAUAUAUCAAAACUGCAUAAUCUUCAAUCUUAGAGCCCUUUUAAACAUCACCAAUGAGUGCAAGAAGGAACUCUUCAAGAAUUAAAUCUGGUUAUCCUAUGAAAUUUUUCCUGUAUAUAGAUUAUGUCUGAAAGCUAUUCUUCACAGUGUUGAAAAAUCAGAUUCAGGUAUCAAUAUACAUUGCUUCUACUACUACUACUACAAAGCACUCUCGAUGACUGUUGCACCAACGCUUUUUUUCCUCCACCUGUCGUAUUUAAGGUAAAAAAAAGCACAUUAUGCUGUCAUGUACAUAGGAGUCUACUUGCCUUUAUAAAGUAAUGGGGUUAUUGAAAGUUACAGGCUCCACUGUCCUGACGGAUACAUUGCUCCAUGUUGCUGGUGUUAUAUACGUAAGAAAAGCCCGUGUUUACAAAUUAAGGAAGAAUUACAUGAUUGUACGUGCAUAAUGAAAACUGAUUAAUAGUGCUAUUUCUUACAUAAAAAUUUAAUAUUAUAAAAUAUGAUAAAAACACCCAAGUUUUUUUUUUCAUAUGAUUUUCAGAUAUAGUUAAGUCCAUUUUUUGUUAAAACAUGAGGAAUGAAAUGGAUUAUCUACUUUUCCCUAAAAUAAUCAAGAACUAGAAGUAUUUAAACAGAAUUGUAUUAUUAACAAGAUUAGAAUUUUAUUUUAUCAAUGUGAAUUGAACUUCUUUAGUGAAAUGGUAGUGUAAUACUGGUAACCCUGCUUUUCCAUUUUUGAAGUGCCAAAACACCUGUGAUUUCAAACUUCUGAAAUUGUUUUCCUUCUCAUCUCAGCCAAGAAAGAUUCCAUGGCUCUGUUGUUGUUUUUUUUAAUUACAGUUAACUAAUCUACAAGUGUUGAUGUUUCCCAAUUCAGUUUUCUUAUAUUUAGUAAGAAAGAAAUAAUUUAUGAUUUGUAUUUUUUUUAUAUGAAUGUAAAAUUUAUUGGGAUAAUGAGCCAUAUAACUGUUGUCUGGAAGUAUUAAUCAUGUUUUCUAUUUUGAAAACAAAAUUAUUGAAUAUAUAAGCCUUUUUAUGUUAAUUACAAAAUUAUGUGUAGCUGUGAAGAAUAAAUUUCAUUGGGCAAAGGUAAGUUGAGGGUUAAGAAAGUAAAAAUUUCUGUGAAUUCAUAUGGUCAUCAGAGAGCAUUUUAAAAAUGAACAAAUUAGGACAACUAAGUUAUUUAAAAGAAUCCUAAUCAGGUAUUUUUUUUUUAAAAAGUGUUGGUAUUAAGAGAUGGGGAAGCACGUGCGUAUUACUUUAAUAAUUAUUGUACAUAGAAGUGAAAAUGUUGUGUGUUUGUAAUAUUUUGCUUGCACAGUGCCUUAGCACUGCCAUUUACUAGCUGCACGGUCACGUAGGUUAGAUUUCUGUAUUUGGUAGCCUAGAUCGGCAGAAAGGUUAGCUUCCAACAGCCUUAUCUGUUCUACUGGGAAAUUUUACUUUUUAAAUUAAGGGGUAGUGUGUGUGUGUUUUUCUUGUACAGUUAUAGUCAGUAACCGGUAUGAUACAUUCAUAGUCGUAGAUAGUGUAGUUUAUCAUGUGGUAAGUCACAUACAAUGGUUUUGGGGACACGAUGCUUAAUGGGAAAUCACAAGCAUCUUUUACACCCAUGUGGAUAUGUCUUUGUAAUAUAUUAUUCACCUUUCUGUUGAAAUAUACAUAUACCUGCUUUCUGUACUUAUGAGCUACUUGUGUCAUUAUUGAAACAAUUUUAAAAUAUUGCAUAUUACUCUCCUGUUAUAACUAAUAGUUUACUGUAAAAUAUCAUUAGUACACUUGUACUAAAAUCGUACACAAUUUCGAGUUAACAUUAUUUUUGUGAUGUACUUUAAGAAUUAUAUGUGCAAAACCUAAAGCUUGUAAACUUGUCAGUUUAGCUUAGCAUUGAUUUGGGACUUUUGAUAUGUUUAACCUUAUUAUCAUUGGCAAAGUAAUAUUCUGUUUAUUUAAAUGAUUAUUACUUAUGUAUUUAACACACCCACCACAAAUUAAACAUUUUAACUCUUCAAAAGCAUGGUAUUACAUACGUUAUUUCCAAUGUAAAUAGUUAAGAAAAUAUACAAACUAUUUUUUCACGCUUUUAUAACAAGUACUGGCUAGAGCU